CUGCAGCUUUGCCAGCACUAGGCACACCACAAAGCCAGGAGCAGGCAGCACCAUCACUUGGGGAAAGAGAGGACCAUCAAGCCAUCUGACAUAGCUAUUGUAAUAGGAAGGAGGAGGGGGAGAGGAGAGGGAUAGGAGCAGAGAGCUCAUCAAGUCAUGCAGGAUUGACUGCAAAGGGGAAGCUAAUCGAUGGCAAAGCUUUGAAUGUGAAUUAGCCUGGAAAGCAAAAGCAGAAGAAAGGAAAGGAGGAGGAGGGGGGUAUAGCCGAGCAAAGCUGCGAGAAAGAUGGAACUUACAAUGGAGAAUUUAGGGAACCUUCAUGGUGUACCCCAUUCCCAAGCUGGCGAUUUAAUGAGCUCCGCACACAGUAGGCAAGCUUCCCACAGGAAUCUGGUUUCUCAUGGACGACCCGCUAUGGUGACAAGUAUGGCUUCCAUUCUGGAUGGAGGGGAUUACAGAUCCGAGCAUAGCCUGGCAGGUCCACUGCAUCCUGCUAUGAACAUGUCCUGCGAAUCUCCAUCUGGCAUGAGCCUCAGCAGUACCUACACCACAUUGACUCCUCUCCAGCACCUGCCACCCAUCUCCACUGUGUCCGACAAGUUCCACCACCCGCACCACCACCACCACCAUCAUCACCAUCACCAAAGACUAACUGGCAACGUAAGUGGAAGUUUUACCUUGAUGAGGGAUGACAGGGGGUUGGCAUCGAUGGGCAAUAUUUACGGUCACUAUCCAAAGGAUAUGGCAACCAUGGGACAACCACUCUCCCCCCUUUCCAAUGGCCUAGGUACUUUGCACAACUCACAACAGUCACUAGGCCCAUAUGGUCACGGUGGGCAUUUAACUAAUGAUAAAAUGUUAUCACCAAACGGGUUCGACUCGCAUGCUGCCAUGAUGUCUAGGAGUGAGGACCAUCUGACAAGGAGCCUGGGCACUCCUGCGGCCGGCAUGAUGGCCCCUUUAAAUGGAAUGCAUCCACAUGGGCACCACCAUGCGUCGUCUAAUGGCUCAAUCCUUGGUGAAAGGGACAGACAAGCCUCAAGUUCUGGGUCGCAAGCCGGUGGCAAUGGUCAAGUGGAGGAGAUUAAUACCAAAGAGGUUGCUCAAAGGAUCACAGCAGAACUGAAAAGAUAUAGCAUACCGCAAGCUAUAUUUGCUCAAAGAAUCCUGUGCAGGUCCCAGGGUACACUCUCUGAUCUUCUGAGGAAUCCCAAACCUUGGAGUAAACUUAAGUCUGGCCGGGAGACAUUCAGGAGGAUGUGGAAAUGGCUCCAGGAACCUGAGUUCCAAAGAAUGUCUGCGCUGAGAUUGGCAGCUUGUAAACGUAAAGAACAAGAACAACAAAAGGACCGUAACCUGCAGCCAAAAAAACAGCGACUGGUUUUUACAGAUCUCCAACGACGUACCUUGAUUGCUAUCUUCAAAGAAAACAAGCGUCCUUCAAAGGAGAUGCAAAUAACCAUUUCCCAGCAGCUAGGCCUGGAGCUAAACACUGUCAGUAACUUCUUCAUGAAUGCACGCCGGCGAUGCAUGCAUCGAUGGCAAGAAGAGCCAGGGGUCAAUACUGCAAUGCCUUCAGUUUCCUCUAGCACUUUCUCCAAAGCAUGAGCUAUUGAGCUAUUUCCAGAACUUCAUAACCACAAAAGACACACAAAACAUGACCCAUAAAAUUAUGAACAGCUAGACAAACACAAAAAAUAGCUAUGGCUGAAUACCAAUGAUCUUUUUAACACUAUAUUUCAAAUUGAAUUAUAAUCUAAGACCAAAGUAACAUUCUUGUUUACACUGAUUUGCGUCACAGCACCAGAAAACAUCCACACAGAAUGAGGUUAGGUAGAUUAUAAUGUUGAAAAUGUAAAAAGAAAACAUAAAGUGUGGAUUAUUAUAAAUAUUAUACAACCAUCAACACAAACCCACAUAUUCAGUUCUGCUAUUUACCAUUCAGUAAGUAAAAUCACAUUAAUAAUGUAUAAUACCCCUUAUAAUCUUGGCCAUCAGUGAUGUAAAGUUUUAGAUGGGGAAGAUUGUGGGGCAGACAAUAUUACAUAUGAACAGUGACAGCUAUUGUACAAGCACAUUAUCAUAGAUUGGCAAGUCUUUUUCUUAAUCUCAUGAAUAUUAAAGAGGCAACAUUAGUGAUACACAUAGAAUAUGGAGGAAUGCAAGUGUUCAUGGAUUUUGUUCUGUUCCACCCAUCCAAAAAAAAGCAAACAAAAAUAAAGCACUGAAGCAGGCCUCAAGAAGAACAUCAAGAAACUAAUAGAUUUGAGUGCAAGAUAAGGGUAACAUUUUGUGCCAAUAACAACUGCCUUAAAGCUUUCCAUGGAAGAUGGUGAUACCAAAGAAAUGAUUAUGUCCUUCAUGGUCUCCUUAAGUGCACCCAUUUAAUGACUCAUGGCUUCUUCGGUUUUCAUCGGAGCUGUAGUGUUCUGUUGUAUUCUUCAGUUUAAAUAAGGACAAUAUAGAUCUAAUAUCCUGCCCCAAUUGUAGAUGACAGAAGUCAUAAAACUUGCUACAAUAAUGGGAUAGGCAUACAUGAUUAAAACAUGGACAGACUUUAUUGAUGUUAAAUGA